AUGUCAUACAACAAGACUUAUGGAGGGCAAUUUAUGGGACUUAGCUCCACUGCAAAUACAAAUAACCAACAGAAAAUAAAUGAAAAAAAAGCAGAAAAAAAAAUAGAAAAAAAAGAACAGAAAAAUGCUGAAAAAGUAAUUUUUGCAUUAUCGGAUUUAAGAGGAAUAAAUAUAUCGGAAUUACAAAAUGGAGAAAUAUUUUUUUUUUGUACAAUUAUAUUUGAUAACAAUGAUGUAAAAUUGUCUAUGGAAAAGUCAAACCAUAAUUCUUCUUUGAUUCUAGGAGAAUAUUUACACUCAUCCUAUUCACUUACUUUUAGCGAAGAAAUUGUUUUAAAUAUACCACAAGAUUCUAACUUUGCAAGGUGCUAUGUGUCAUGUAUUACCGUUACAGAAUCUGAUGGAAAAAGAAAUAUCAAACUUGAAGGAAUAGGAUAUACAGAUCCAUUUCCAAUAAAGGAAUGCAAAGUAUAUGGUUAUGCAAACUGCAAGCUAAACACAGCAGUUGGAGCACCAGAAACACAAGGAAUUUUAAAAAUGUGUGUAAAAUGCGUUGAAAAUACCCAUCCCUCUAUAGUUAAGCCAUCAAAACCAUAUAAUGCUAUUGAGGAAAUAAAACAAAGAUAUGAAAAUUAA